GCGCGCCAAGAUGGCGGCGGGCGGGCGCUGAAGGGGCGGCAGGAUGGCGGCGGGGCUCGUGGUGCUGAGGCGGGUGGCGGUGGCGGCGGCGGUGCGGGGGCGCGGCGCCCUCACCCGCGGCAUCCUCACCCGUGCCGCGCCGCGCCGCCACCGCGGGCCGCUGCCGCGGACGCCCUGGACCACCCGCGGGCCGCCGCCGGAGGUGCUGGCCCAGCGGGUGGAGCGGCGGCCGGUGCGGGAGCAGGUGGAGCUGGACACUAUCACGUACGCGGGGCGGCAGCACUUCAUGCCCGGCCUGGCCCGGCCGCGCUUCCCACGCUGGGACCGCGGCUGGCAUGACCGCUGGCACUCGCGGGGGCCGCGCUACGAGGACAUGCCGCUCUACAAGGAGCGCAGCUGCUACAUCUGCCACCAGCGCGCCCGCCUGCUGGAAGGAGUGCGGCAAGCGCAGUGGCUCACCAAGACGAAGCUGGUGGAAGGUUUGCCACCAUCGGUGCUGAGCAUCCUUGACAACCCGGCUCACCAGCUGGAGGACUAUGAGGAGGGGGUAAAGCGUGCAGUCUCACAUGCACGGCUCUGGCACACGACAGAAGUUGUUCCCAGGAGAGAGUAUUAUUGCCCAGUACUGUUUGAAGACUUGGUGCAUUUAUGUCGGUUAAUGUCUGCGAAGUACCCUUCUCUAACUAAAAGAAUGUUGGCUAGAAACUACAAGGUAGCAGCUAUGUGGGAAAGAGGAUCCACUCUCCUUCAGGUCCGCGGCCUGAAUGGAAUACUUAUGAACUCUAUGACCCCAAUACCACCAGUAGCCUCCAAGGAGGAGAUAGUGGCCACUGCAGAACACGUUCUGGAGACUUUUUAUCCCAUCUCUCCUACAAUUGAUCUUCAGGAAGUGCAUGUGUACAAAGAGCUCAACGAUACAGGUUUUAGAGAUGGUUAUCCGUACCCUCAUCCUCACACUCUGUUCUUCCUGGAAUCGGCCAACAUUCGUACUAACAGGUUCAGACCAGAACAACUUCGUGCUAAAAUGCUGAUGUUUGCUUUUGGCAAUGCGCUGGCAAAGGCUAAGGUGCUGUACGGGAAUGAUCCCAAGGUUUUGGAGCAGCCAGUAGUGGUGCAAAGCAUUGGCACAGAUGGCCAGCAAUUCCAGUUCAUGGUGUUCCAGUUAAAUACAACAGACCUUGUCUCUAAUGAUGGUAUAAAAAAUCUAGUCUGGAUUGACUCUGAUCAGAAUCUGUAUGAAAAAGCCCAGUGUAUCCCAGAAGUCAAGAAGAGAGUUGUUGUGAAGCCCGCUGGAAUAUAUGGCUUUCAGCCAGACACAUUCAAGAAGUUUCUGGCACUGUAUCUGCAUGGAGCUGUGUGAAAUUCAGCUCAAAUGAAAAUACUUCACCAACUGUACCUGCUGCUUCUCUUUGCCAGAACCAUCACAUAAUUAAAGGUGGAUUUAUUUACUUUCAAAAAUAAAUUAUAUUGUUACUGAAAGUAAA